UUAAGGGCGGAGGUGGGGAGGAGGCAGGCACUGUAUAAAAGAAGCUGCCUUGAGAUUUCUAAAAUUCAUACAAAAACUUCCUGAGUAAGGAAGCUUACCAGGUUUGGCUCCUGAUCUUUCGUGAUGGAGCCAGAAGCAACCUCGGCUUAUUUGGAUUAUUUCUAUGCUACAAGCCAAAAUCCUGAAAUUGAGGAGACCCACUCCCCUGCGCCUUACACAUCUGUCUUCCUCCCCGUCUUUUACACAGCUGUGUUCCUGAUUGGAGUGUUGGGGAACCUCGUCCUCAUGAGUGCACUGCAUUUCAAACGGGGCAGCCGAAGACUGAUCGACAUCUUUAUCAUCAACCUGGCUGCCUCUGACUUCAUUUUCCUUGUCACCUUGCCUCUCUGGGUGGAUAAGGAAGCGUCGUUGGGACUGUGGAGGACAGGCUCUUUCCUGUGCAAGGGCAGCUCCUACAUGAUCUCAGUCAACAUGCACUGCAGCAUCUUCUUGCUUACCUGCAUGAGUGUUGACCGCUACCUGGCCAUCGUGUGUCCAGCCAUAUCCAGGAAAUUCAGAAGGAGAGACUGUGCGUAUGGAGUCUGCGCCAGUGUCUGGUUUAUCUCCUGCCUCCUGGGCUUGCCUACUCUUCUGUCCAGGGAGCUCACCCUGAUCGAUGACAAGCCAUACUGUGCAGAGAAAAGGGCCACUUCACUUAAGCUGGCUUGGGCCUUGGUAGCCUUAAUUUUUACCUUCUUUGCCCCUUUGGUGAGCAUCGUGACCUGCUACUGUUGCAUCGCAAGGAAGCUGUGUGCUCACUACCAGCAGUCGGGAAAGCACAACAGAAAGCUGCGGAGAUCCAUCAAGAUCAUCUUCAUUGUCGUGGCGGCCUUUGUCUUCUCCUGGCUGCCCUUUAAUACUUGCAAGCUCCUGGCCAUUGUUUCUGGGUUGCACCAAGAACUCUACAUUUCCCCAGCUUUUCUGCAGCGGGGCAUGGAGGUGAGCGGGCCCUUGGCGUUUGCCAACAGCUGCGUCAACCCCUUCAUUUACUACGUCUUUGACAGCUACAUCCGCCGGGCCAUCGCGCGCUGCCUGUGCCCUUGCCUGAAAAACUAUGACUUUGGGAGCAGCACGGAGACCUCAGACAGCCACCUCGCUAAGGUUGUCUCCAACUUUGUUCAUGCUGAGGAUUUUGCCAGGAGGAGGAAGAGGUCUGUGUCACUCUGAAGGUGACUGGGACAUUUCAAGCUCUGUUGGUGGAUUGGAGAGUUGAUUUGUCAGCAACA